UUCACAAAAGAAACAAGAUUGUUGAGAAUGUAAAUUAGAAGAAAGUGAUUUGUCCUAAUGUCCCGUAUACUUUUCAAGGCAUCAACUCCAACCUAUAUAUGUAGUCCUCACAUCUAAUCAUCAGCAACAACCCUCAACAUCUUUCAUUAUCUAUCGUUUUUUCAUUGUUAUUUUCAUCCUUUUGGUAUCAAAUAUGGGAGAACAGAGGCAAUUUUUUCGUUUUCGAUUGCCUUGGCUCUCGGCAGCUGCUGCUCCCCGUCCUGUUGCUACUCCUCGUCCCGCUGCUGAACCGCAGCCUCAAUCACAAGCCCCUUCCCAGCCCACCGUUUCCAUCCCAAUCCAACGACCACCCUUUCGGCCUGCAGGGAUCACCCCAGUGCGGACCCCUUCCAUCCAGGUUCAACCACCACCACCACCGCCACCACCACCAAAAACUGAACCUCAGCCAGUGGCUUCUCGUGAAAAAGUUCAAACUCGACCGCAAUCCCAUGCUCCCACACCAGCAAGGGCUGCAGCUAUGUCUUCAGCUCGCAUUGCUCCGCAGCCCGCAGUUCCGAAGCAACAAUCUCCACCCCGUUUGGCCUCUCAGCCAACCGGCCAAACAUCUUCACAGCCCCCUUCUCCAUCACGUAGAGCCACCCAAGUGCAAACCUUGUCUCCACCAAGAAGAUCAACAAUGGCUACACAAGUAGCGUCUCAGCCACCAAGUUCUACUCAACCCACUUUUAAACCAUUUGGUGUUGCUGUAAAGCCUUCAGUGGAAUCAAACCAACUAAAAGAUGUUGCACCAAUAACUGCUGCGGCUAAAGAAAAGCCUAAGGAAAUGGAAAUAAGAAAGAAGGUAGGUGAAGAACGCAGGAAAGCUACAAAAAAGGGUUCAACACAUGAAGAGCCAACAACAGUCACUACUAAACUUGUUGCGGCAGCAAGCGAAGCUGGGACGACAACCAGAGAGCUAUUUGGGGCUGUACUGGAAAAAGGAAAAAGACACCUGGAAAAGCAAGAAGAUACAGAAAGAAAGAAUACAUUAACAAGCUCAAGCAGUGAUGAAAAGCAAAUCAAAACAGUGAGUUCAACAUAUCCAAAAGGUGGUAGCAGGCCCAGUAAUUCUCAUGAAACGCAUGUUGAUUCUAAAUCGGAGAAAGUUCCCCUCCACAAAGAGAUAAGGGAAGAUAUCUCCAAGUUUGUUCAUGCACUUGUCACUGGGAAACCAAAGCUGUAUACGGAUGAAAAAUCGGUGAAUGUUGUAACGCUAGCAGGAGAAAAUAGUGGAGCAUCUUUUCGCUGCAUCUCAGAAUCUACCACAAAGGAUGGGGAAGAUAGGUCUAAGGGAAGAAAGCCUGUGGGUUCAGUGAUCGAAGAUGAUGUGGCACAAAAAGCAUAUGUGAAUAGUAACACACAAAGCAUCAAUAAUUCAAUUAUGUUGGAAAGUCGUCUGGAGGGAAGAAAUCCCGGCGUUCAUCUGGAGUUUUUCGAUGAUGGAAAGGAGCUACGCCAGGUGAAGUUGGUUAAUUUGUUUUUUUUUUUCAUUAAAGCCGAUUAAAUAAAAACUGAAUUUGAGAGGAUUAAUAUUAAAAUUAUAUUUAUAAAAAAGUAAUAAUUAAGUUCUACGUAAA